AUGGCCGACGCGAGCAAGCGCAUCGACCUCGCCGCGCCGCUGCUAUCCGUGCGGCGCCACGCCGGGAGGCGGCCUGGCGAACGCGACGACGAUGCCACGCUCGGAGGCGUGCCGUUCGGGUGGGAGCGGUGGCCGGGCUGCCCCAAGAGCGUCCGCACGAUCAUCCGGCGCGCGCCGCCGCUCCUUCCCGAGCCGGAGGAGGCCGCGCGGUCCUCGGACGCGCUCUCCCGGGCCGACAGCUGCUACACCGUGAACUGCAGCGUCGCCGGCCUCAGCGACGCCGCCGGCGCGACGGUCACGGUUUCCCCAGCCGCCCGCGGCGCCAGCAUCAUGAUGGACCGCUUCUUGCUGGCAGCCAAGGAACAGUGCGCCUUCCGUAAGGAAAAGGCCGGCGCAGCGAACACGCGCGCCCGCGACGGCGACGGCGACGGCGACAGCUUGCCAAGGCGGGCCCCCGUCGAACACCCGCCGGUCAACCACGCGCAGGCGCAGCCUACUAACACGAGCGAACAAGGUGGUGGCGAGGACGAGGGGGACGCGCACAGCACGGCGGGUUUCGCGUCCAGGAGGAAAUGCGGGCUGCUCCCGACGCGGUGCGCCCAGAUCCUCAACCCGGCGCAUGCCGUCAGCAGGCACGGCCGAGGCGCGCGGCGCUUCCUGUCUGAUCUCGGCAGAUCAUGCCAGCGCGAGACGAACCCACUCCUGCCGCAGCGCCGCCCUGAACACGAUGCCGGCAUGGUAAGAAGUCUUUCCGUGUCGCAGCGUACCUGGGAGGAGGUGCACGUAGGCUCACUAGCGCGCCUAGUGCGAUCGGAUCGUGCGUGCAGCCUCAGACAGGUCGCCACCGUGGCAUCGGAGCUGGACAUGACAGUGCGCGGACUUUACAACGGCCAACCAGGAGGCGUCGUCCAUCCCAAGGCCACCCAUCUCGGUCUGCUCCUGGUCCUCGACAGAACCGACGGCAGUGCCGCGUCGUCGCCACUGCCGCCUCUGAAACGCGGACGGCUACCCAGCGGCGGGAAGACAUCCAUCGGCCACUGCUUACCGCCGCUUUUGGAGGAGAAGAUCGGGGAGAACCGUGAAGCCACCACCGUGCGGGCUCGGGCGCAGCCGCCGGCGCUGCUCGCAUUGCCGUCGCCGAAGAUGCCGACAGAGUCCUGGCUCUCGCGGACAUUGCCGUCCGUGUCGAACAAGCCUCCGACAACGUCGUUCCUCGGGAUCCAUGUGCAGCAGCUCAGGACGAAGCAGCAGGCUCCGUCUCCCUGCUGGUCCAGUCACCAGGCCAAGGUCGUCGAUCAUGGCGCCAGGCCACGGCGGGUACGGAUACAUGAUCUGCAAAAGUGA